CAGCAAUGGGCACAUCAUCCACCAUUGUUUGAACACAAGAAAUCAUAUGCCCGGAUGGGUUCAGCCAGUCAAAAGCCUGGUUAAAUUCAUUCCCAUAUCCGAGCGAUCUCAUGUCAUAAUGCCGUCUCUCGUCCCGCUGUGGCCUUGUGACUGACGGUGCUUGGGAGCAAGAUCUCUCUCUCCCUCUCUCUCCCUCUCUCUUGUCCAGGAUUUUCCGUAUUUUUAACCGAACACGAGCCUCUUCCUUGCUCUUUUUCGAAUGUUACAGUAUCCAGUGCCACUGUAAACACACACCGCCAUCAUGCAUCAUUAGUCGCCGCCGCCCUUCUCCCUCCUCGCGCAUAUAGACGGGCGCCCGAGUGCUGCUCCUCCUUCCUCGACACACUUCACAUUGCUCCCUGGGGAUUAUGUCUACAACGAGAAGGAUAUGCACGAGGCGAAAGCCGUGAAGAGUCGGUCGGAUGAGAGUGCGGGCGGUGCAGCGUCGCGCCCUGCAUCGAAAGCCUUUCAAUUUGUGACCGCGCUUCCUUCUUCUGAAGCCGAGCGCAGCCAGAACAAAAUCCUCGUCCGCUCCAACGCCUCCAACUUCCACUGGCGCCGAGUGAAGAAAGACAAGAGAUCUGAAUCUCUCUCACCCGGCCGACCAGCUGCUACCAGACGGCGCUCGACGAGCAGCAUAUCGAAGAGCAGAAGCCGUGCGCUUGCACCAGCAACACCCAACAAGAAUGACUCUACCUCGCCGGAAAGCGACACAUCUCCGCCCAAGACGGAGGACGAGCGCAGUGAGCAAGCUUUCACAGACUCACCAGCUCACAGCGACGUUGUGAUACUUCCGGACUCGGCACUAUCAACGCUGCUGCCAUCGACACAUCAUGAUCCGUUUGGAACGUAUCCUUCUGAUCUGCCGACGGAGUUCGUCAGCCGUGUUCUUGACCAGGUCAAAAACUUCCUGGGUCUGAUGUUUCCGCCAGGAGGCGGUCAGACCAUCCACCCUCUCGCCACGACAUGGCUUCAGAUGACUUUCCGCGAUCGAGGGCUAUUCCAUGCGUCUCUCUUUUGCCAGCUAACUCGGAAUCGAAUCUUCUACCCGUCCCCGGUCUUUCUGGAGUCACGCGAGACGAUGCAGUGUUACACCGAAACCAUACGGGGCGUCCACCAGAAAUUCAAGGACAACUCAAUGAGCUGUGAAGAUGAAAAUAUCCUAUCAGUCUACUCUCUCACAUAUCAUGGCGACCUCAGACCCCACCAACCUGCGAUUGCCCCCUCGCAAGGUCCUCUCACUACUUUGCAACUCCUUCACGUUUAUGGUGGGCGGCUGGAAACGGUCCAGGUACACCUUCAAGGUCUGGCUAAAAUGUUGACUUUACGCGGCGGACUGAGCAAGAUUAAGUUACCUGGUUUGGCUCAAGCCAUCUCCUUCGGAGAUAUCGUACUGGCUUGCCAGACCCUUUCCCCUCCCAUGUUGCCUUACGUGAUGAUGCAUGACGAUGUGGUUAGCCUUCUGAAUUCAGCGUCACGAAAGACUCACCCCCUGGUUGGCCUAGGAAAGGGCUUUCGUGUGCUGCCCGAAAUGCUUGGGCACGCACAUGAGGAUGUCUCCAAACUUUUGGUCGUCCUGAAGUGGAUGAUACAAUACACCUUUGCGGUGGACGACCAUGUUCAAGAACGUCCUGAGAGUCAAAUCCAACGUGCACUGAUGGACCAAAGAAAUUUCGUUCAACAUAAUCUCAUGCAGCUCAUGCCUGAUGCCCUCGCACUGGGUGAGGAACAUCCGAUGUGUCGUCUAACGCGUCUGGGUACUGUUGUCUAUAGCUUCCUUGUGGUGUUUCCGUUGCCAGCCAUUGCAGCUCCGUUCGGUCGGCUGUCUUCAGACAUCAUCAAACAGUUAUCUUUGCCCGAUGUGCAGGAUUGCUGGAACGAAGCGGCAGAUUUGAUGCUGUGGGUUACUGUCAUGGGAGCCAUCGCUAGUAUUGGUACUCCCGAUCGCCCGUGGUAUCUGACGACGCUCGAUCGAUUGAGCAGAGAACUAGAUAUCAAUUCUUGGCACAGUAUGAGGGAAAAGCUCAAGCUUUUCUUGUGGUUUGAAUAUACGAACGACUCGGAUGGGAUGAAGCUGUGGAGAGAUAUCGAGGAAUCGAGUGUUUCCAGAGUGUCCCAAGGAACUGCGGAGAUGGAUUUUAUCAAAGACUGAAUCAUUGAUCUUGCCCUGGACCGAAUGUGGUACACGCCAUCUUUUGGUGUGAUCGAUGACAAGAGGCACUCUGAGGGAUCUAGCUGCUCGUGCUUUGGGACUUUGAGAAGUACUAUUGCACCGGAAGGGCCCCUCAGACUGGAACGUCGAUUUAUUCGAUCGGAGAGUCUGCGACAUCAAAUACAGCAAUGCCACCAAGGAAAGCAGACAGCGCCAGUGAGCCAGUCGCGGAGAUGCUCAUCCAAGACCCUUCGAGACCUCAGCCAGCAUGCCUCAGUCAUGAAAGCAAGGGAUAUCUAACCCGCAUUUGCUCUACCCAAAAGAGGCUUGGGACAAAGAACAAGGCAUUUUCGACAUCUCUUGAAAAGUAUAUCCUGUAAACAGCGUGCUUAUGUUUACAAAGAAGAGAGAUGAGGCAUGACAAGGCUCAGUAACUAUUGUCAGUAAGCUUUGGCGUGUUGACCGAUCAUGCAUGGCCCCCAAAUCUACCUUAUAAAACGGGUCCAAAUAGAUUAAAGUGUUUACCAAUCAUGACCUCAAGCUAUUUAAGAUAUUGUAGGCGUUGCCUGGAGUAUUGGCCCCAGAUCAGAUCCCCAUAAAAUGAGAACGCC